GGUUGUGUGACGCACAAAACAAUUUAUCCACUGUUUAACAGCUGCAACAGUAGCGACAGAGUAGGCUAUGGCAGAGCCUAUGAUUUAAGCACGAUUUGACCGUGUUUUUGUAAUUACUCUCACUGCCAAAAGGUGAAGACAAAAGUCCCGCACUCCAGCUUUGAAACAUCUAAAUGCUGGAGGAAUGAACUCUCUUACUGAAUAGCUGAAGAGGCCCAGCAUAACUAUCCUUGGGAGGUCGUGUUCAAAGUCGAUAGUUAGUGACAACAUUUUUUCUUGCUCUUUCUCCAUUUCUUUUAGUAGCAAUAUGUUGAGCAUCAAGCAUUUUCCUCCUUUCAGUUAUGUUUUCAUGUCUUCCAUUGAGACAGAUAGUGGUACUCCAGAUAUGACUAUGGACAUAAGUACAUGGGUUUUUACUUUUUUACCAUCCAGGGUAUGCAUUUUCAGUACAGUGCUUUGCUCUUUAUUCACUGCGUGUACAAGUAUAUGCUUGUUGUCUAAGUACUUUGCAAACUUCACUAUGCCAACAUCUUUUUCUAGAGCUUCAGCCACUGUUAUGAGAUGGCAAUGUUCAUCAAUCACAAUUGCGACUUUCCAGUCAUUGUUUUGGUUUCCAGCUCUCAGGCUUGGAUGUGCCCAAGCUUUAUUAACCAUUUCAUCAGACUGUGCUCCUGAGCUGCUGAAAUUACCACUAUUUCCACUUUUCUUUUUCUUUCUUUUGAACACUUCUUUCUGCCACUGCGUACCUCCAUAAUGCUAACCUUCAUCCUCAACCCCAAAAGUCAUGAUUGUUACAUUCAUAAUACAGUUAGCCUAUCUGUAGUUUUCCACAUUGAAUGUCAAUGGUUAACCACUGCUCGAUCACUCCACCAGCCACUUCCCUUUUUGCCUGACUCCAUCUUUGUAGGCCAGGUCAGCCGCCUACAUUUCCCAGAAUUCCAAGCUUAUGUUUAUUUUGGACUGGACCUCUGCUGCUCCAGGAGCUGCCCUUACUGAGCCCUGUCCACCCGGCAGUCCAGCGUGUUUUUUUUUUUGUAGUAAUGCCCCCCCUUCACUCGUCACUUUCCUGCUUCAAAAUGAAUUACACGUUUGGCUGAAUCUGCGUGGUUAACGGAGAGGAAAGCGGUAACAUGAAAUGGAGAUCACACGGACCAGACCGUCCUUGUAUGGAGACAUCGCUCAUGGUCUUGGGUUCUGGACGGACCGAUCAGCUGUGCAUGAGGCGGCUGCACAGGGGAGGGCCCUUCAGCUGCAGCAGCUGAUCGAAGGUGGAGCGGCAGUUAACAUCGUUGCUGUCGACUCCAUCACUCCGCUGCAUGAGGCGUGCAUACAGGGACAAACCCAGUGCGUCAGACUGCUGCUGGAUGCUGGUGCACAGGUGGAUGCUCGUAACAUUGACGGCAGCACUCCGCUGUGUGAUGCCUGUGCAGCCGGGAGCCUAGACUGUGUGAAGCUGCUGCUGGAGUACGGAGCAACAGUCAAUCCUCCGCUGUUUACCUUCUCACCUCUUCAUGAGGCUUGCAUGGGAGGUAAUUCAGACUGUGUCCAGCUCAUGAUCGAUCAAGGAGCUUUCAUGGAAGCCCAUGACUGCCACUAUGGAACACCGCUCCAUGUCGCCUGUGCCAGGCAAUAUUAUGACUGCGCCAAAGUUCUCCUCAAUGCAGGGGCAAAUGUAAAUGCUGCCAAGCUACAUGAAACGGCACUUCAUCAUGCAGCCAAAACAAGAAACAUUGACUUGAUUGAGCUGCUUGUGGAGUUUGGGGGGAACGUGUAUGCCAGAGAUAAUCUGAACAAAAAACCUAUCCACUACACCAGUCUAGGAUCGUCGUCUUAUCUCUGCCUUAAGUUCUAUGAGGAUACCCCCCUCAGUCUGCAGCAGGUCAGCAGAGUGGCAUUGAGGAGGGCUCUCGGCACAAGAGCACUCGAAGUUGUUUCCAAGCUGGGUUUGCCCAACCGCAUCAUAGGUUUUCUUUCUUACAUACCACCUCCAGUUAUUGAAAUUUAAUCCUCUGUAACAAUCUUCAGAUGCAGCCUUUAGAAGGUAAAGUCUAGACCAGUCAUGUCUGUUGGCUCUGCGGUACUCUCUCCAGAAAGUCAUAUGACAGGAUGUGGAGGUUGGCAGAAGUACAGCAUAGAUGUAACGUCUGAACUGUGCCAGACCAGUAGGUUGUACAGAUUUCAUAACUUCAACAUUCAGACUGGUUACCCAAGCAAAUGACAAAUGGAUUCAUUUUCUCAUUCACUUAUAGAACGUUUUGACCAUUUGGGGGUGGAAAGAUGCCAAAACAAACUGGCAGAUACACUGUACAGCCCAGAUACACCAUCAGCUAUCCUAUUAGCAAACAACUGCUUACUUAGGCUGUGUUCAGACUGACUUGCUCUUUGUGAAAAAACAUAGCCCUGUCAUUCAUUUGAAAUGGGUGCAGUCCAGAGGCGCAUCAGGGGUGCCAAUGCAGGGGGCUCUAACAAAAAAUGCAGGAUCGUCCAGCAAAAAAAAAGAAAAGAAAAACCAGGCUCAACUUUUACUGUAAUGCAAUGUGACAUCAUCCGGCAAGGCGCUACGUUGUCACAUCACUACGCUGUACACAACAAACGCUGUUUUUCUACUGUUUACCUCACGUUUGUCAUGACGAAAGAUAAAGUAGUUGCUGCGUGAUAACUUUUCAGAGUUGUAAAAUCCUGUCUCUGACUAUUGUAAACCGCUGUGCAGCCUUUUGGUGUCUGAUUAGCCUUCAAGUUCACGGAUCUGUUACUCAAACUGGACCUUCUGGAUCGCAUUUUAUGCCCUGCGUUGUCUUAACUCUGUUUUCGGUCUGAAUUCCCUCUUAGACAUCCAGCAGAGAGAAAAACAAAAGAAUCAAAAUGCAGUUGUGUUUUCUGGCCACCAAUAUCUAGUUUUAGCUCUGGUUUGGUCCACCAACUCGUGGGAAUAUUUCCACCAGCCACUCAUUUACUUGACAAUUUGUUCUUGGCGGGUCGUUUGCAGUUGGUUGUUGUUUAUCUUGAGCUCAUUGGCAAGAAAAAAAGGUGAGACUUAAUCAAACAGCCUACGUGCCGGCCAGAAAACCAAGACCAAGUAAAAUACUGUAAAGGUUGCUUCCAUUUCGUAUUACAGAGUCAUUUGAGUCAGUGUUAUUGCAAAAAGAAUGGCUUAAUGGAGCUUGACUUGAACAAGAAACAAGAACAUGAACUUACCUUGAUCUUCUCACUAAGCUGUUGUAACUAAGCAUUUCAUCAUAGAUACUGUGUGUUAUUGACUUAGGAUUUUAUCAUUGUAUGUAUUUGUAUAUAUGCUGUGACUAUUUAUUUUUAAUGUAAAUUUGUAAAUAACACAGAUGGUUCUACCUCUAUUCAAUUUGUGUAAAUAAAUAGAACACUACAAGACUGUUUUAAAACCAA